ACUUUUCCUUUGGGCACUUCAAUUUUAAAAGACUGGUAAUCGCUUGUUACGUCAGUAGUCAUGUUGGUAUAGAAACAAUAAAAAAAAAAUAUAUUCGAUUACGUUCUGUCAUUUUUAUUUCAGAUCGAUCCAUUUUUAAGAGUUUUCUUUUUAUUUGGAAAAAGUUGAGAGUUAAAUUGCCGAAACCUUAAGAGUUAAUCUAGAAUCUAGUUACGAAGUCAUUUUUAGGAUAAGAAAUUAGUACAUUUAUAGAUCUAGAAAUUCUAGAACAAUUAUCUGCGAAUAAAAAUUAGAAUCUAGAUCUGUCAUUACAAAAGGUUUAUUUUCUUGGAAAUCGUGGAUUGGAUUGAAAGAAGAAACUGGAUCAACUUCUUCAAUUUAUAAAGUUUGUAGUUACUAGGGAGAGAAAACAGAACACUUGAGAUGGGCAAUUUCAGUGGGAUUACUUCCCUUGUUUUAAUGAUGCUCCUAGCGUCGUCUGCUGCACUUACAAAAGACUUGUACCUCCAACUUAGCACGAACAAAACUCUCGAUCACACGCAACUCGCAGAGAAGGUGAUCCAUAUUUUAAUGGAUGCACUGAACAGUUCCACCGGUGUAAGUGACGAUGAAUUUCAGAAUAUUUCCAUCUCUGUGUCAAAUACAUCAGCAGCAAGUGAUCCUUACACUGUCAUUGUGUUAGACGUUAGGUUCUAUACAUCCAAUGACCUCACUGAUCCGUUGACAAAAGUCAUAUACGAGAACUUUGUCAACAUCUCGAGAGUCAUAGAAGUCAAUGGGACAUAUGUGCAGGUCAUCUCUCUGAAGAUGUACAGGAGUCAGGGGGACGCUGAACUUGAUUGGCAUUCCCUGCCACUCAAUGUAUGCAGCGUUUACACAGACAUUUGUCCACCAAGCCAAAAAUGUUUAAACACAGACUUUGAUCCGUUAUGUUUAGAUCCACGACUGGAGCAAGUUUCUGUCAGUCUUGCGCUCAAGCCACAGAAUCUGUUGCCGGAUGAUCCAUUCUUUUCUGUUUUUUACGCAAUUUCAGAUUCAUUCCAAAAGGAAACAGAAGAUUUUUUAGUGCCUGAAAUUGUAAGUCUCAGCAAUUGCUCCCUUGGGAAUGAAACAGCAUUGUGUGUCAACUUCACCAUCUGGUUCAAGGUGAAUGUCACUGACAGUAUUGUCCACAAUGUUGCCAACUUUUUAAUAGAUUUCCAGGACCACGUUGGACAGCUCAUGGGAAUCUUUCAGAUUGUUGGUCCCAUUUGGCUAUACAAUAGUCAGCAGGAUAUGGCCAGUGGAAACAAUAAGCUGUUUAUUAACUGGUGUGAAAUCAUCCACAAUGCCGACUUGAUGUCCUACUUCUGCCACCCUGGUGAGACAGACAUUCUCUUGUGGGAUCAAAUAAUGUGCAACUGUUCCAAUAGAAACAUGUCCUCAUCACUGCCACCUAGUGCAUCGCCAUCAAUGGAAAUGUUCAGUGUCUCAGACCAUCUCCUACCAAGUCUACCUUCGGAUUUUUCAAGUGCGAGUAGACUUUCCAUGUCUUCGCCUUUUUGGCCAAGUGACAGUCUGAUGCCACCAUCUAGCCCGCCACCAUCGCUCAGCCCACCACCAUCGUCUAGCCCCCCUCCAUCAUUCAGCGCUUCGUUACCGUCAUUGUUGCCAAUAAGCACUACAGUGUCUCCACCUCCAAGUAUCAUGGGCUUAGAUUCAUCCUUUUUCUUGCCUUCUCAAUCAUUAAUGUCCAGUAGUAGUCCAAUGUCUCCACCUCCAAGUAUCAUGGGCUUAGAUUCAUCCUUUACCUUGCCUUCUCAAUCAUUAAUGUCCAGUAGUAGUCCAAUGUCUCCACCUCCUAAUAGCUUGCCAUCUCAGUCAUUAAUGUCCAGUAGUAGUCCAGUGUCCCCACCUCCUAAUAGCUUGCCAUCUCAAUCAUUAAUGUCCAGUAGUAGUCCAGUGUCCCCACCUCCAAGUAUCAUGGGCUUAGAUUCAUCCUUUAUCUUGCCAUCUCAGUCAUUUAUGUCCAGUAGUAGUCCAGUGUCCCCACCUCCUAAUAGCUUGCCAUCUCAAUCAUUAAUGUCCAGUAGUAGUCCAGUGUCUCCACCUCCUAAUAGCUUGCCAUCUCAGUCAUUAAUGCCCAGUAGUAGUCCAGUGUCUCCACCUCCUAAUAGCUUGCCAUCGCAGUCAUUAAUGCCCAGUAGUAGUCCUAUGUCACUACCUGUAAACAGUAUGGGCUUAGACUCAUCAUUAAGCUUGCCAUCUCAGUCAUUCAUGCCAAGUAGCAGCUCAAUGUCUCCAGCUUCUAGCAGCAUGAGCUAUUAUCCUUCUUCCAGCGUGCCUCUAAAUCCUCCCAUGUCAAGCAGCAGUUCUUUGCCUCUAAAUUCUCCGUUGUCUAGCAGUAGUGCUAUGCCUCUACCAAGUAGCCUUCCACCACUGUCGAGUAGCUAUCAAAUGCUACCAUCAAGCUUGCCGCUGAUGUCUAGCAGCUAUCAAAUGUCACCGUCCAGUUUUAUACAAUCGCCAAGUGUUCCCAGCAUUCCACCUCCAUCUUUUUUGACAAGCUCACAAGCACUUUCUCCAAGCAGCAUCCCGAUGUCUACUUCUAAUGUGCUGCAAUAUCCAAGUGUUUCCAGCAUUCCACUCCCAUCCUCUUCAGCUAGUGGUGGCUCACUUCCUCCUUCAAGCACACCAGCACUCUCUCCAAGCAGCACCUCCAUGUCAUUGCCAGUUCAGUCGUCCUUGAUGCCAAGCAGUGGUCCACCACCGUCCAGCAGUGGUCCACCACCGUCCAGCAGUGGUCCACCACCGUCCAGCAGUGUUGGCUCAACCACUGUUCAGACAGCUAGCUCUCCCCUUUCAAGCUCACCCAGCAGCCAAGCUUCUUCUUCUCUAAAAUCAACCAUUUCAAGUACACCUAUUGUAACCAUGACAUCAUCGGCAACAACCACAACUACCACCACUACUACAACGACUACCACUACUACUACAACAACAACUACUACUACAUCAGAUUUGUUAAAGAAACAAAGAGCGCCUUAUCCUUAUGGUAGCGAUAAGGGUGAUUCUCAAGUAGAGACAAAAGGUGGUGCUGAUUUUAACUAUUUUUACAAUGUCAUCAGCAGCCCUAUAUACUUCUCUGCUGGGGCUCCAUUUGGCUCACGCUCGGUCAGUGUGGCACAUGUUCUUCCCAAUGGUGUCAUUACUUUUGGGGAACAAGCCCGAGCCUGGAGUCCAAAUUUGACAGACGUCUACAACAACAAUGAUGCUAAUAACAUUAGUGUUCUUGCUCCCUUUUGGACUUACCCUAACCCGAACCCCAACCCUGUUGCACCUGGCAGCGUAUUUUACCAUCUGUAUGAAAACACAACAACAGGAGCUGUUGACGUAUUACCAAGGGCUACCAAAGAGGUUCAAGAACAGUUUCCUGGACUCAGCUUCAAUGCCAUAAGUGCCCUAGUGGUGACCUGGGUUGAUAUUCAACCUUUUUCUUGGUACAACUGGUAUUGUGAGGAUCGGAACACCUACAAGGAUCUGGAUUGGUGGAUAAAACUUUGUCUAACGGUCACAGAAACCAAUACCUUCCAGGCAGUGUAUGUGACAGACGGACAGACAGCUUAUGCUAUUGUCACCUAUCUAGAAGGAAAAAUGAAGUGGUCCUAUGAGAAAAGUAGAACCAUUCAAGUUGGUUUUGCCCACCUUGACAGCUUCUUAGAUUACAGAGUAUCUGACUUACAGGCAACAAAAAUGGAUUCCACAUUGUGGAAUACUGGUCGAUAUGGUACUUGGAUUGAAAAAGUUGGUGAAGCUAAGAGUGCAGACAGCCUUUGCUACAACUUCUACCUUUCUAAUAAAUAUCUUCUCACAAGCAGCCAACAUAAGCUCUGGGCGGAUGCUUUAUUCAACUGUCCAUAUCUCUUAGGUUCCCUAACGGAUGGCUUGUGGCAGAAGUAUUCUGACACAGACAUAACAAGUGAUUUAUCUGUUUUAUGCUAUGCAAUCAGUUCAACAGUUAAAUCACGCACAUUUCAGAAUAAUCCACUCAAUAAACUGUGCUGUUACAGUUACAGCAAGAAGGAGGGAAUCGCAAGUGCUACAUAUCUUCCUCAUCGAGAUCCCAACGGUGGGCACCUGCUGCUGAAUGACCCCUGGUUGUCCUCAGCUGGCUUCCGCAAGUCCAUACUGGAAGAUAUCACCCCCCACCAAUGGUGCUGUGGAGAGAGUAGCUCCCCUUCCUACUACUGUGAAUUGUUCAAUCAGGUCAGGCCUGAUUAUCCAUUACUCAACAAAUCAGAAAUCAUUUCAACUAGUGCAUCAGGAGAUCCUCACAUCAAAACCCUAGAUGGUUAUGACUACACACUGAAUGGUCUUGGAGAGUAUACAAUUUGUUGGAUUCCUGAAAUAGAAUUCAUGUUCCAGGCCAGAACUCAGCAAGUACUGGACAUUUAUGGCAAUGUUACCAAAGCCACUGUUUUCGUGGCUUUCGCUGUUAAAGAGGGAAACUAUUCUAGACUUCAAGUUGAACUGAAUUCCACUGGAACCGGCAUGGUAAUAAUAGCCAAUGGUCAAGAUGUAACAAAAGAUUUCUAUGGCUAUCAAGAUUUCAAUACAUCUUUCAGCAGCUCUAUCAGUGUGGCCCGAUCAAACAAGGAGAAUAAAAUAACUUUGAUUGCCGUUUUCCCGUCAUCUGUGUCAGUCAAUUUGUUUGUCGGUGUAAAGAAUCUGGAAGUUUCUUUGAAUGUUCCAACAUCCUACAAAGGAAAAACUCAAGGUCUGAUGGGUAACUUUAAUGACAAUCCUAACGAUGACUUAAGACUGCAGAGUGGCACUGUUCUCAGCCCCAACAGCACAGAAAGAAUUAUAUUUGAGAAAUUUGGACCAGAUUGGCAAGUCACCACCAGCAACACAAUAUUCAGUUAUCCCCCUGGGGAGACAGCACUGACCUAUCAACAUGCAGAUUUCAUACCUCUGUUCAAAGAGGACAUUGAUCCUGCCAAGCUGAAGGAGGCUCAAGCAAAAUGUUCUGACAAUGAUGCUUGUAUCUUUGAUUAUGUUCUGACUGGGAAUGAGGUGUUGGCUAACAACACGAAGAAUGUCCUGAAUGAGGCUACGGAGAUUCAGUCAAUCCAAGCCAACAAUCUGCCAGUCUUAACAGUCCUAAGUGGUCAGCUCAACAGCAAGAGGCAGUGGGAAGUAACUCACAGCAAACCUGCCACCUUAAAUUUUUUGGCCACUGAUGCUGACAAGGACAGCAUCACUUACAGAUUGCAAGAAAACCACAGUUCACUUUCUAUUGAUUCUAAGACUGGCAUUUUAACUUACACACCAGACAUGAAUGCUCCAGUGACUAUAGGUGUCCAAGCCCAAGAUUCUAAAGGGGGACUAUCCUCUAUUGAAUAUGUUAAUGUAGUUGUCUGCCCUGAUUGUAGCAAUCAAGGAACUUGUGACAGAAGCAAAACUCAGAAAGAAGAAAAAGAAAAUGGAAGAUUUGUUCUCAAUGUUUGUUCAUGUUGGCCAGCAUAUGCAGGUGCCAACUGUGAUUCUGAUUAUGAUGCCUGCAAAGAUCAGCCUUGUCUUGCUGGCCAGACUUGUACUGAUAAAAAAGCCAGUGACCAAGGCAACAGUACAGUUGGCUACACCUGUGGCUCCUGUCCAACUGGUUUUGAACCAAGAAAUAAUGUUUGUGUUGAUAAAAAUGAGUGUUUGGGGAACGUAACUGUACCAGUGUGUCCUGAGAACUCUAAGUGUGAAAAUACUGUUGGCUCAUACAGUUGUUCAUGUCUACUUGGUUAUAGAGUUGAUCCUAAGAACAGCAGCAUCUGUAAAGAUGUGGAUGAAUGUGGUGAGAAAACUGCCAACUGCCAACAAGUGUGUGAGAACACAGACGGUGGAUUUAACUGUUCCUGUUUACCUGGCAACACUUGGGACGUGGGCAACAGAAUCUGCAAACAGGACAGUUCAAAUGCUGAAUUGUGUACUAACAAAAAAUGCAACCAGAUUUGUACUGUGACAUCAGGAGUGGCCUCUUGUGACUGUUACACUGGUUAUACCAAGAGUAAUGACGUUUGUGAAGAUUUAAAUGAGUGCACCCUAGCUAAUAAGCCAUGUAGUCAGUCUUGUCAAAAUCUCGUUGGCUCAUUCCUCUGUUCCUGCUAUCCGGGAUAUCAGUUAGGAACUGACAGGGUUUCAUGUCUCAAAUGUGAUCCACCAUAUUAUGGCACCAACUGUUCAAGUAUGUGUGUCUGUAAUGGACAUGGUACAUGUAACAAUGUCAAGGGCUGCGAAUGUAAUGCCGGGUGGAAGGGAGACAACUGCAACCAGGAUGUCAAUGAGUGUGACGUGAGUGCGGCUUGUACCUUAGGCCAGAUCUGUGUCAACACAUUAGGAUCCUUCUCUUGUAUUUGUCCUGCUGGCUACCAAAUGGUAGCAGGCCAAUGUCAAGAUAUCAAUGAGUGUCUGAAUGUUUUAGAUAAUGCUUGCGACUUAGCAGUAGAAAAUUGUGUGAACAACAAGGGCAGCUACUCUUGUCAGUGUCUUAGUGGAUUGACAAGGAAUUCUAAAAAUGUUUGUGAAGAUAUUAAUGAGUGCUCCACAUUGACGCACAACUGUGAACAGAUCUGUGAGAAUACGUUUGGAAAGUUCAACUGUAAAUGUAACAUUGGCUUCACCCUGAACAAUGACAGAGCUACCUGUGUCAAAAAAGAGACUGAUGUGUGUGCUGGGUCCAACUUAAACUGUAGUGACAUCUGUACAAUAAACCUGGACACCAAAACACCUUAUUGCUUAUGUAAGCCUGGAUACAGCCUUCAAGGAACAGAGAAGUGUGUGGAUAUCAAUGAAUGUAAUUUCCCUAGUCUUAACCUUUGUGGUCAGCAAGACAAGUGCAACAAUACUGAUGGUGGUUACACCUGUUCUUGCUCUGAUGGAUUUAAGCUGGACAAUGAUGGACGAACAUGUCUGGUAUGUGGUCAAGGUAAAUGGGGAAAGGAAUGUGCCAAAGACUGUGCUUGUAGUACCGGAGCUGACCGAUGUGACCCACAGAAAGGAUGCAUUUGUAAACCUGGAUUUACUGGAGACUUUUGUGAGAAAGAUCUUGAUGAAUGUAAAACUGGACUGCUGAUCUGUGGCAUUGCUGAAAUGUGUGUCAAUACAUAUGGCAGUGCCAUCUGCCAGUGUCUAAAAGGGUACACCCGUGUUAGUGGAAAGUGUCAAGAUAUUGAUGAAUGUACUACUGGAGCACACAAUUGUGAACAAAUUUGUCUGAACUAUGUUGGGGGCUUCAACUGCGCCUGUAACACUGGUUACAAGUAUGAAAUAUCCACCAACACCUGUAAUGACAUAGAUGAGUGCAGUCUAAAAUUAGCAGGCUGUGAGCAGACUUGUGAGAAUACCAAUGGAGGCUACCAUUGUUCAUGCCAGAGUGGGUUAAAAUUGAAUGUAAAUGGAGUCACUUGUGAUGUGUCCACCAACUGCACUACAAAAUCAUGUGCUUAUAAGUGUGCAGUUGUGGAUAAAGAUGAAACAUGUUUCUGUCCAAGAGGGACAACUGUGAAUGGAGUUAUUUGUGAUGAUAUUGACCUGUGUAAAGAUAAGCCUUGCUCAGACACCUGCCUAGAAACAUCUGAUAAUACAAGUUUUGUCUGCAGCUGCCCAUCUGGCAAAAAACUGGCAUCUGAUGGGAUCACCUGCACAAAUUGCAUUGAAGGGACUUAUGGAGACCGCUGUAGUUCAAAUUGUUCUUGUACGGCAGCCAACACUGAUUCCUGCAACAAGGAAACUGGUGCAUGCAGUUGUAAGGCUGGAUGGACAGGUACAAAUUGUGAGACUGAUAUUGAUGAGUGCUCCCCAUCUACCUCAUCUGCAUGUAAAAGUAUAUCUAACUCUCAAUGCGUAAACACCAAUGGAAGCUACACCUGCAAAUGUAAUGCUGGAUACUAUACUACUAAAGACACCCAGUGUCAAGCUUGUACUUCUGGUACAUAUGGGGAAGAAUGCAAGAACCAGUGUGAGUGUGACCUGAGCCACAGUACCUGUGACCCCACCAAUGGCAAAUGUCUCUGUAGUACAGGAUGGACUGGGUCCCUGUGCAAGGAUGAUGUCGAUGAGUGUGCCAACAGCAGCAAUCUUUGUGUUACAGAGGGCAAAGCACAUUGGGGCUGUAAAAAUACUCCAGGGACUUACAAAUGUGAUUGUAUUGCUGGAUAUCAAUUCAAUGGCACAAUCUGUACAGACCUGGAUGAGUGUGCUGCCAGCUACAGCAAUGAAUGCAAUGGCAGCUGUACCAACACUGAGGGAAGCUACACUUGUUCCUGCAGUGCAGGCUACAAGCUGGCUGCUGAUCUACGAGCCUGUGAUGACAUAGAUGAGUGUACUGCAGGGACCAGUGGCUGCCAACAGAAAUGUACCAAUGAAGUGGGCAACUUCUCCUGUUCAUGCAACACUGGCUACACUGUGGAUGAAACUGACAGGAAAAAGUGUUACGAAAGUGCAGGCUUUGACUAUCAAGUAAAAGUAGAGGCUAAUGAUGUCAGUGAGUUCAUUCUGCGAGAGACAAUGGGGAUGGAAUACUUGAACCUGAAAGCUAAAUACGAAGCUGCUCUAAAUGUCACCAUCAGUCAAUAUGUUGAAGGGUUGAAAGAUUUACUUAUCUAUAGCAUGAAAAAGGGCAGCAUUAUCAUUGACUUUACAACGAUUGUGGAUACAACAGUCACCCAGAAUGCCGCUGGCAAGAUGGUGGAGGCUAUACUUAGCAUUGCAGAGAAGGGCUUAAUGGUGGAUGGUGUUCUACAGAAUGCCUCAGUUACUAUUGGCAACAUUACAGUUCCUCCAAUGAAAGACAAAUGUGUUAUCCUCAAUGCUCUGGGUGGCUGUGAGGGGGACACUGAGUGUGUUAUCAAUGAGCAAGGAGAAGCAUACUGCAGAAAAAAUGAUCGCAAAAACAUUCCACUUAUUGUGGGACUGAGUGUGGGACUACCGCUGGGUGUCAUCUGCAUAGCAGCCAUAGUGGGCUGCUUGUGGUACAAGAAGAAAUACACAGCGCAGAGAAGAAUUAAUGUGAAAGAAGCAAACUAUAUGGACAGACCUACGACACCAAAAGAGAGUAUCAGUGGGUCAAGGCCAUCGUCUGGCACACAUGCUGUGUCAGCCUGGUCAGAAAAGGAACAACUGGUUACUCAAAAAGAUUAACAUUUCUACAAUUUUGUAACCAAAAUACAAAUGUUGCUUUGCCCCCCUGUGAUAUUUGCAAAUUGGCUUCUGUAUGUUGCAAUCUUAUUUUUUGAGUAUUUACUGUUUGAGACAAUGAGAAUGAAAUUCAUUUUUGAAGUGACUUAACUCUUUCUCUCCUAGUUGACGAUACCAUCGUUCAUUUGACCUCGUUAAAUUUAAUUAAUGUUUCAUUUUAUAAACUUUACAUUGUUUUAUAUAUAAAAAAAAGUAUGCAUUUCUCUUUAAGUGUUAUACCAAAUAAAACAUUUUCUGAUAACAAAUGAAAACAUUAUUGAAACUUAAUCAUAACAGGGUAGUGAAAUACAAAUGAGCAAAAUGAAUAGAACAUUGGAAAAUAAUUACGGAGAGAUAGAGUUAAAGCAUAUUGAUCAGUUGUUUGUUGCUGACUAUUUAUAACAAGAAUAUGAUCUGCAUCUAGGAAUUUUUUGUAUAUUUUGCUAUCACUUAGAAAAAAUAUUUUUCAUGUUAUAUUGGCUGUUAAUUAAAAAAAAAAAUGUAAGUCAUUUUAUACAAAAUAUUGAAGAAUAUUUUGCAUCAUUAGCUGUUCUAAAAUGUAAUCUUAAGUGUAAUAUUUGUAAUAUUUGAAUGUAUUCUUAAUUUAAUACUAAGUAAUGCAUUUUGUUUAAACCUAUAUAUUUUUUUUUGUAAACUUUUAUUCAUAAAGAACUUACAGUCUUUUCAACUGAGAUCAGUUUAGAUCUAGACAAUGUGAUGCAAUAUAUUUUAUUAUUUCUAUAUUUCUCUACAACUUGAAUUAUUUCUUGUCUUAUUGUAUUCCAUGUAUUGUUGAUGCAAGUCUCAAUGGGUGAUGACCAACAUUUAUUACGCAAGUGGGCCAUAUUAAUUUCCGAUGCUUGCGUCACAGGCCAUUGCAGAACCUAUUCUUCCUUUUUCUUUUCUUUAAUAUGCCGAUAUCCUGCAAUUAAAUUAGAAGGACCUGAUGGCAAUUUGUCCAGGGCCAGAAGGAUGUCAGUAGGGCAACACUGGUCAAGAUAUUCCUAGUGCCAGUAGUAGAACAGCGUGGUUCACUUUUAUGUUAACUUUGGGGAAUUCAAAAUAACAUUUUUUUUAAUGAGGCAAUGGACUUGAAACCUGUGUUGCACUAAUUAAAUCUUCAAUCUUUGCUUAUCAUACACAAUCUACAAGUCUGGUCAUAAAAAAAUAGUAAAACAAAACAACAAAAUGCAUUGACCGAGAGACCGACUGCCCAAAAGAAUUAUUUGACAGACGUCAGUAAAAUAGCAAUAAAAAGAAACUUAUGCAAAUAUUAGAGUUAAAUUCAUUCAAUAUACAUAGCAUACAUGACUUUUAGCUUGAGGUUUGAGAAUUACAUGAUUUUUGACAAUCUUGGGUUUUUGAAGCUUUUUUUGUCACAUAAAUUAUGACAUUUAUACACUAUUAACAAACAUAGAUAUUACAGAUUUUAGUUUCAGUUUUUUAAUGAUGAUUUUCCAUUAAAAAAUAAAAUAUUUUUUUCAUAGCACUAUUUCUAUUAGUUAAUUUUAGUUGGUUGUUUGGCUUUGGUAAAUAAAUAUUCUGUCUUCAGAAAAGUAAAGUCUUGGUUUAAGUUCCUGGCCUCAAUUACCUAAACAUCAAGUUUGGUGGCUGAACUGGAGACAACUGUGUUAAUCAUUUCGUACUCGAGGCUCAUUAGUUGUCUCCCUCUUCCUGUAUGUUUCAGAUCUCUUGUAUUAAAAAAAAACAACUGCAAAUAUCUAAUGACGAUGUCAAGAAUGCAUUAUGAGAUUUUGGAACCAGUACUUUGAAUGCUUAUUAUUUCUGUUUAAAUCAAUACAAUUUUAUUUUGUUCAGUGACAUAGAUCUACUCUAUAUACUUGUGUGGUAUUGUAUUGUUCAGUUUCAGUUUGAUUAGCUAUUAUUUUUUUAAUAAAAACUUUUCUAAACAAAAUAAGAUAAAUAUUUGUAAACUGUUCAAAGAUU